AUGGCCCGCCUGCUGCAAGCCCUGCGCGGCUCCCAGCCCGUGGCGCGCUUCCAGCGCUGCUGCGGGCUCUUCCCCGCCGGCGACGAGGGCGGAGGAGGCGGCGGCGACCCCGCCGAGGGGCCCCGGCUCCGCGCCGCCUGCAACGGGGCCGCCGCGGGGCCGCCGCGCCGCCGGGGGGGCAGCGCCGGCUGCCGGCCGCCCAACGGGGUGCGGAGCGGCCGCGGCUCGCAGGGCUGUCCGCAGAAAUAUGUUGUGAAGAACUACUUCUACUACUACUUAUUCAAGUUUUCAGCUGCUCUGGGUGAAGAGAUCUUUUAUAUCACUUUCCUUCCAUUUACCUACUGGAACAUCGAUCACUCUGUGUCUAGAAGGAUGAUAAUCAUUUGGUCUAUCGUGAUGUACAUAGGGCAGGUCUCCAAGGACAUCCUGAAGUGGCCUCGUCCCCUCUCGCCACCUGUUGUGAAGCUGGAGAUGCGGACGGAUGCGGAGUACGGGAUGCCUUCCACCCAUGCCAUGGCAGCUACUGCCAUCUCCUUCUCCUUUCUCAUUGCAACCAUGAACCAGUACAAGUACCCCUUCGAGCUCGGCCUGACGGCGGCGUUCGUGUUCUCCACGCUGGUGUGUCUCAGCAGGCUGUACACGGGGAUGCACACCGUGCUGGACGUGAUCGGUGGGGCGUUGAUCUCGGCUGUGCUGCUCGUGCUCUUGUAUCCUGCGUGGGACAGCAUAGAUCACCUGCUGCUCACCAGCCCCUUCUGCCCACUGCUGUCCAUAGCCGUGCCUCUCGUCCUGUGUUACAACUACCCCAAACUAGACUAUUACAGCCCUACCAGGGGAGACACCACUACUAUUUUAGGAGCUGGAGCUGGAGCAACCGUGGGAUUUUGGUUAAAUAACCAGUACGCGGCGCCAGCCUACACCAGUGAAAAUUUGGGGUUUCCUCUCAUUACCAGUACGACGGUGGUGCUCGUGCUGGCCAGGUUCUUCACAGGGCUCUCUGUUAUCCUGCUGACACGUCAGCUGAUGAAGAGCGUGGUCCUCGGCACGUUAUGUUACUGCUACAAGUUCCCCAUCAGUGACCUGGAAGCCCGGAGGAGGCUGGAGGUUGAAGUGCCGUAUAAAUUCGUAACAUACUCAUCAGUGGGCUUCACUGCUACCGUCAUCGUGCCACUAUUGCAUGGGCUGUUAGGAUUGAUCUGA